AUGGGUGGAAGACUUUCAACGCCGAAAGGAGCUGAUGGUAUGAACGAGAGUUCAAAACCUCACUCCAAUGAUGCACCUGCACGUCUCUCGCGGGGUGGCGGGAUUAUCAAUGGUCGAACCAUGAUGGCACCACUGGCUGCCAUCACGAUGGCCGGCAUCCUCUUCGUCUACGCCAGAACCUCGAUCCGCGCCGCCAAACUGAACGCUCAGAAACACAGGGAGGCAGAUGGAGGGCAGAUCAGCUGGCACAAGGAGAGCUUGAGGCGACAUGGUCAACUAGAACGCGUGGACAACGAUCGCGACACCUUGAAAGAGGCGCUUGCUUCGAGCUUCUCAAGGAACAAGAAGAGGACCAAUACAGAAACUGAAGAGAAGCCACGCAGAGCGUACUCGAAAGACGAGGAGGAGCUGCGCAGAAUCGUAGGCAAGAAGGACUGA